GGAAUUCUUGCUAAUUGAUAAUAUUUAAUAUUUAAACUCCUUAGAUUCACAUAUGAUUUCAUAAAUUGGCUCCAACUAAUUUUUUUCCAGCUUCAUAUCCUGGUAUUCAAAGUUAUGUACAAUUUUUUUAUUGCAUAAAAUGUCUCAUCUUUCUCUAGAAAUAACAGCCCUUGCCAUAAAUUCCUGCUUUUGUAACAUGAAACUGCUUUCCUUUGGAGUGAGACCACUUUUCACCUGGAAGAUGCUCAUCCUUCAACAUCCAGGUUGUCUCCUCCUUAGGAAAAUAUCCUCUGUUCUGUUGGUGAUACUAAAGGCAGUACCCUGAACAUGUCUUUGUAAAAGGUUUUGCCUUUAGUAUUGUGAUUACCCAUUCACCUGUCUAUCCCUUUCCAGAAAUGUGAGCUUCUCAAGGGCAGGCUCCAAAUCUGACUUUCCUACUAUGCACAUAGAAUGGUACUUGCCAUGUAAGAAACAAAUCCUUACUGUUUGGGGAAAAAACAAAAGUACAAAGAAUACAACUCUAAAAUGAACAAAACAAAUGAUAAUAUGCUGUUUAGAAAGUGUUGAAAAACUAGGCAUGGUGGCUCACACCUGUAAUUCAAGCACUUUGGGAGGCCAAAGUGUGGUGGAUUGCUUGAGCCCAGGAGUUGGAGGCCAGCCCGGGCAACACAGUGAGACCCCAAAUCUAUUAAAAAAAAAAAUACAACAAUUAGCCGGGCAUGGUAGAUUGUGCCUGUAGUUCCAGCUUUUCAGGAGGCUGAGAGAGGAGGACUGCUUGAGCCCACGAGGUCGAGGCUACAGUGAGCUGUGAUUAUGCCACUGCACUCCAGCCUGGGUGACAGGAUAAGAUCCUGUCUCAAAAAAAAAAAAAAAUGUGUUGAAAUCAUUUCUUUCAUAUCAUGUGUUAAAUAGGCUUUGAAGGGCUGGCCUUGAAACCUGGCAGCUUUGAGCCAUCGUGUAUCCAUGGGAGUAGGCAUUCUAGGUUCCAAACAGCACACUUAGAAAUGGACUUUGGAACACAACGUGCUACCUCAAGGCUCCACCUGGCCACACAGCAGGCACUGAGGCUGGGAGACAGCCCCCAGACAGAUAAGUGUCCGCCCCUCUCUGAGAGGUGAAUGAGCCCGGACGGUCCCUACCUACCAAGUCCUGAGGAGCAGCGGCACCAACGACGCAGGCCCGCCCCAGCCCGCCAGUGAGCCGCCCAGGCCCUCUGCUAGCCCGGGCCCCCGCCAUGCUGAUCACCGUGUACUGCGUGCGGAGGGACCUCUCCGAGGUCACCUUCUCUCUCCAGGUCAGCCCCGACUUUGAGCUCCGAAACUUCAAGGUCCUCUGCGAGGCGGAGUCCAGAGUCCCCGUCGAAGAGAUCCAGAUUAUCCACACGGAGCGACUCCUCAUCGAGGACCACUGUUCCCUGGGCUCCUACGGCCUCAAAGAUGGCGAUAUCGUGGUUUUACUGCAGAAGGACAAUGUGGGACCUCGGGCUCCAGGGCGUGCCCCGAACCAGCCUCGUGUAGACUUCAGUAGCAUUGCGGUGCCUGGGACGUCCAGCUCCCGUCCACAGCACCCUGGACAGCAGCAGCAGCGCACACCCGCUGCCCAGCGGUCACAGGGCUUGGCGUCAGGAGAGAGGGUGGCCGGCCUGCAAGGUCUGGGCAGCCCCGCCCUGAUCCGCAGCAUGCUGCUCUCCAACCCCCACGAUCUGUCCCUGCUCAAGGAACGCAACCCUCCCUUGGCGGAAGCCCUGCUCAGCGGAAGCCUUGAGACCUUUUCUCAGGUGCUGAUGGAGCACCAAAGGGAAAAGGCCUUGAGAGAGCAAGAGAGGCUUCGUCUCUACACAGCCGACCCACUGGAUCGGGAAGCUCAGGCCAAAAUAGAAGAGGAAAUCCGGCAGCAAAACAUUGAAGAAAACAUGAAUAUAGCGAUAGAAGAGGCCCCCGAGAGUUUUGGACAAGUGACGAUGCUCUACAUUAACUGCAAAGUGAAUGGGCAUCCUUUGAAGGCUUUUGUUGACUCGGGCGCCCAGAUGACCAUUAUGAGCCAGGCUUGUGCCGAGCGAUGUAACAUCAUGAGGCUGGUGGACCGACGGUGGGCUGGGGUUGCUAAAGGAGUGGGCACACAGAGAAUUAUUGGCCGUGUUCAUCUAGCUCAGAUUCAAAUUGAAGGUGAUUUCUUACAGUGCUCUUUCUCCAUACUUGAGGAUCAACCCAUGGAUAUGCUUCUAGGCCUAGAUAUGCUCCGGAGACAUCAAUGUUCCAUCGAUUUGAAGAAAAAUGUGCUGGUCAUCGGCACCACUGGCACGCAGACUUAUUUUCUUCCUGAGGGAGAGUUGCCGUUAUGCUCUAGGAUGGUAAGUGGGCAAGAUGAGUUUUCGGACAAGGAAAUUACACAUUCGGUCAUGGAUCCAGGACGAAAAGAGCAUUAAAGCACGUUAUAAAUAUGUUACCACCUUGAGGGAGCCUCAGGUCCCCGGAAAUUACAUGUUAAGAGCUUACUGGCAAUGUAAUCAUUAAAAAACAUCAGUAACAACUAAA